UUAAAUAAUAUCCUUGAUUUUGUGCAUGCAUGGUAUACAUCGACCUUGUUCUUUUACUUUCAAUUUAUAUGUAUUCAAUGUGACAAUGUCCAAACUAUUAAUAAACAGCACCAAAAACAUUGUGGACGAACAAAUUCAAAUGGGAGAAGAAUCUGAGUCUUGGGACAGCACUGAAUCCCGAGAAGUUGACGGAACCGAUACCCCAGAUAUUGAGCUCAUCUACGACUACAGCUCUUCGGACAGUAAUGAAGGAUCUGGAGGAGAAAAACUGUGCACUCAAAAGGCAUUGGCGUCAGGUGGUUAUAUUCAACGCCGUCCUUUGUCGCGAGCAGGAAGCAAUAUCCGAAACUCUUCCGUGACUCCACCGCCAUGCAUCUUAAGAAAGAAUCGACGAGAGCAAGAAAGCAACAACAACGUCAUCAAUCCCCACAAACCCCCGAUUACAAAUCAUGCACGAGACUACAACAGCGUCCCAACGGAAUUUGGAUCGUUGCACCGAGCUUCAAGUGGGAGCAGCUUGAGUACUCUCACUGCAGACACAUACUCCGACAUCAGUAAUUUAUCAAUGGGUAUUAAUGGAGGGCCAUUUUUGUCAUUGCAACGCAAUAAUAAAGCCAAAAAACCACUGGGGAACAUGGAAAAUGGUUUCAAUAGUAAUGGUGCUCACCAACAACACGUAUUCCCACCCACAAAUAUGAAAAUGCAAAUAUUUCAACACCAUCAACGUCAGGCAUCCUCAGUUCAUGGGUCUCCGCUUCUUAACAAUGGAUACAUGUUGAAUCACCAUAUUCAAAGAAAUGGCCACCACAGCAGCAGUCAAAAUAGUAGUCCCAACAAUACUUUUGACCGGAAUGGUUGCACAUUUAACACGAAUAAUACAAACGGAUUUCAACUGGAGAGAAAUUUAUUCUCGUUGAACAAGGAUUUGGAAUCCAUGUCACAAGAGACGAAACAAUUGGAUGCAGACGUUACUGGGAUUCGUCAAGAUGUUGGAACUAUUCAAGAAAACAUUGUAACUGUACGGACGGCAGCAAACUUUGCACAAGAAAAAAUGGCUCGUUUACAAAAUCAUGUCAACUAUGUUGAAAAACAGAUUGCCUCAUUAAUUCAAGAAGCAUCAUCAAUGAAAGAACAGGCUCACGACUUGUUGGAUUCUGCAAAAAAUGCACAAGACUUGCAAACGAAUUUGAUGGAGGAGGCACAAAGCCUGGUUGCAUUCCUCAAGCACUCUGCAAAUUUUGGUCCUGCCAGUACGUAUCACCACCAACACUUUAAUGGUCAUUUUGGUCAGCAUCCUUGCCCUUCAUCUCCACGUGGGACACCAGUUCCUUCUUGUUGUGGCGUUUCAACGCCUCGCCAACAGUCAUCUCCAGUGCCGUUGAAUAUUAUACGACGGAGAGGUAAGACUCCGGAGAGAAGCAUGGGCGCAGAUGAAGCUGAUCUAUCCACUCUGAACGAGUCGUCGGUCACUGGCGGCUAUCAACAAACCGAGUGUUACGACUCGCUUAAAUUGCGAAAUGGUAAAUCUGUCAUUUCAAAAACUAGCUCAGGGGGCGCAGUAAACGGUAAGCGAGCAUCGAUCGUGGACCCUCUUGAUCGCAAACCCAUCGUGGCACGAUCCCCAAUUCCUUGUGGCAAUCAAUCUAACAGCGAAUGCACAAAAGUCUCUCAUCUUUGAUUUGUUGCAUUUGGUCUACAAUGCAUAUUUGCUUAGUUUGGUGCGUAAAAUUUCUACGUGACAAUAAAAUGUAAUACUUUGCUUUGGUUUAUAAAAUUGUGUGACUAAAGUGCGUACAUCCAAACCUGGAGAAUAAGGGAAUGGUUUCACAAGUCGAUAAUUCCAGUAUAACUGACUCGUAAUAAAACCAAGACUUGAUGCUAUACACGGAUAGCUGCAGGAUGUCUAUCAAUUUAGUUUAGUUAUUCUCAUUUAAAUAUUUAGAAUUGAAGUUCCUAAUGAAAGCUCUGAAGCUUUAACUAAAAUACGUGGGUGCAAUAUUAUCUCAAAUAAAACUUGAAAAAACUAUGUGCCACUGCCAAAGUUGUGCUAUCUCAUGCUUAAUACAUUUUCAUGAUCAUUGUCCAUUAUCUUUAUCAAUAUUUAAUAAAUUCGUUUGUAUUGUGUAUUGUACUCUGAUUUGUUUUUUUUAUUCAGUCAUUAUUCUGCUGCUUGCGUCACUCUAUCGUAUUUAUCAGUCCAACAAGGUUUAAUUACGUACAAAAGGUAUUUCUGGGUACCUAUAUGUACAAAUACAUAAGUAUUUUUAUACUAUUCAGCAACAGUUAUGAUGUCAUAAAGCCGAUGCACAGUUUGGUCCAUAAUAGUAGAAUAGUGAAGCUUAGGAUUAUCAGCGUACUAAAGAUAAAUUUGUACAAGAUCCAUAAAUGCAGAUUAAAGGGAGACUCAGAAUACAGACUUUCAUCAUCAAUGUAUCAUCUAACAUGCAUUCUUCCUAAGAUACGUAUUUAACUUUGUGUUGGCCUGUCAAAGUCGAAGAAUGGAGGACUCAUGUGCAAUUGACAAGUUGGAGAAGCACAUGGAAUUCUUUGUGAGCACUGCAAUUCGUAUUCAGCUAUUAAUUAGUGAAUUGGUUUCCAAUGACUUUUUAACUUUCGAAGAAGCCGAUGAAGUGAUGAAACUUGUGGAACGGAAUGACCGUUACAAAUACUUAUUCAAAUGUGCAUUUUCUCGCGUCACUUCAUCAAAUAUUAACUAUUUUCUAAAAUCACUUAAAACUUCUGGAAACGGACACCUUUCUGAUAAAAUUAUUCAACUGCAAACCGACUAGGACGACUUUGGCCUAUUUUUUCGUGCAAAAUUCUGAAACCCUUUUUCAAAGAGUAGGAAUCAAUUAAAAUGGAAUAAACAAUGUUUACAACUAAAAGUAACUGCUAGUUGAGUGAAUAAACAUCAUUGGCCAAAA